AUGCUCCUGGCACGUGUCACCGUGUCCCUGUCUGCAGUCCUGGGUCCUCCGGCCCUUGCUGUGUCAGAGGCGGUCACGGCCACGGCCAGGAGGCAAAGCCGGCAACUCUGGCCCACGGAGGACUGCAUGGCGUCCGCCAGCUCCGAACCCCCGUGGCCUGGGAACCCCGGGUCCUCGCGGCCGGGAGCGCAUGGGAAGGCGGUCUCUGCAGUUCACGCCGCCGACUGGAGCCCCCGGGACCUCGAGACCUCGGGACCUCGGGCUCUCCCUCUCCGAGGAGAGCUCACGACCGGGACCCACCUUGGGAGGGUUGCGUGCGUGCGUGUGAGCCGGCGACGUCGCAGGUGUGGUUUCUCGUCGCCGCUCACGGAGACGGGCCCGUCGUCCACAAACCUGUGCCGAGCUCGGGCGGGCACUUGUUCAGACAGCAAGGGGGGCACCCCGCCAUUCCCGCUUCCUCUCCUGGGUCCUGGCCGGGCCCAAGCCACCUGGCUGACGCCAAGGACAGCCCCCCGACAGAAGGACCCGAGCUGCCCCUGUGACCCAGUGCCCUGGCCCCGGGAGCCCACUGCCAGCUGCCACCCCAGGCGUUCCCUCGGGGCCCGGCCAGGAGCCGGUCUGUUGGAGGCCGACCCACAGCCAACCUUUGACACAUCACUUCUCCUGAGCCGUGCAUCCUCCGGGGACCCCGAGACCCCGCCGAGGCUGGGCCCAGGCACCAGUCCAUCCCGAGGCCAAGGUGCUGCUCCGAGGUGCGGGGUGGGCACGGGGACGGCCGCUUCUGACCCGAGGACAGUGGGUUCUUCAGAAGCCACAGCCUCCCGGCUGCUGCGGCUGCAGAGGCCGCACGCCGACUGCACACUGUUCUCUCCCCACGGCGCGCCAGCUCAGGGCAGCGCCGCGCAGCAGCAGCAGCUGGCUGGCCACGAGGGCACGGACACCAGGCCGGCGCAUGACGUCACCGCUGAGUCAUCCCUGCACGUGGUGGCGGGAGAGACCGCGUCUAGCCAGAAAUCGGUGCUGCGACUGGCCAGCCCCGGCUCCCAAAGCAGAACCACCCAGGCCGGGCCUGCCGUCCGCUCCCUGGGCCUGCGCAGCCACGCCCUGGCUGUCGGCGUCACCGGUUGCUCCCCGGCACCUGCGCUGCGGCCGCGGAGCGAGGUGGUCGAGGUGAACGUCCCGUCUGAGCAGGCCACGGUGAGGCUGAUGCGGCCCCCGGUGAACAUGAGUAUGAGUGUGGCACCCCUGCUCUGGACCCACCGUCUAAAUGACCGGAUGGGCCGGCGCAGCGGUCUCCCGUCCCUCCCGCCUCCCAGAAACGCCCUCGUGCUGGGGGGCAAAUCGGCGGGCGGAACUGGUUACAUCCGCCCGCGUGGGAACCGCCGGGUCCUGAGGCUCAGCCCUGGCGCUGACCUCAUGGCUGAGUUUCUGGGAUAA